UGCUGGCCCGACAGGCAGGGUUGCGUGCGUGCGUAUCCGCGUCUACCUGCCUACUCGCUCGCCCGCUCGUCCUCCCUCGGGAUCGGGGGAUCCUCGCGGGGCUUAGCCUCCCUUCGGAGGCGCCAACCCUCGCCGUCGCGCGCGCACACGCACGCACGCACGCUCGCGGCGCCCGCGGCCGUCGAAUGCGUCGCGACAGCGUGCCCCUCGCUGCACCUUUCUGUUUACCCGCCCGAUGGUUGGCGACGCUCGAGAUCGUCGUCGCGAUAUGAGCGCGGGGCGCACGGCCGCGGCCGCCGGUGGCAGCUGUCACGGGGAUGUCGGAGUCGGGACACCGCGGCCAGGCGACGGGACAUCGCGCGGACGUCGAGCGCUAGUCGAGCAACUAUCUCCAUGCUUAGCAGCGAUUUUCUCGGAACCACUUUAAAAUCACCCCCUCGAGCAUGGGCUCGAGCAGAAGAUCCGGCUCCGGCGGGAGCCGAGCGAACGCUGGCGUUCUCAAGGAGCGUGCCAACAUGUCGUUCAUGCUGGUCGUCAUGUUCUUCGCCGUGUUCGGCCUGAUCGUCCUCACGGAAAUAUUCCUGAUCGACGAGAGGCGCGGCGUGAGCAUCGGCGGCACGGGGGUACUCGGGGGUCACAGAGGCGGUCAUCGAUUGCCAGCUGCGCCCGAUCGUCCAGAUUACGGAGAAGUAGGAGCCGAAGAUUACGCCGGUUUGAAGGGUAGCUUUGACGAGCAUGUCGGGUUACUGGUACGCGGGGAGGACGGGGGUCAGAAGACGGUAAUACACCCGGAUCCGCGUGGCUUACCGAGCUUACCGCCCAGCUUGGAAGCUCGUUUACCGCAGCUGGAUCAGAACCUAAAGGUCACGCAUGCCGAAUGGUUGCCAGUCACCAACACAAGGUUCAAGUUUUUCGUUUAUUCGGCAUAUUUCGACAACAGAGUUAGCGGCGCGGGUACGCCGACUGGCAAGAGUCAGGGUGUAGUACGUGUGAUCAGCGCUACUAAAACCAGAGGACCGGAGCGCGUCUGGUGUAGGCUCUGGUACCGACAGCAAAACGGCGCAAACGUAACUGCCUCGGUAACAGUAGCUGCCAAAGUUAAGGUGAUCCGGGAGAAUUGGAAUCUUAAGUACAGUGCCUGCUUCGUGAUAUGCCCGUUACCUAAAGAAUCUCCGACGACGGAUAAGGUGCCGGAGGCCGUCAGCGUCGUGGCGAGACUGCGAGCGGUCCCGACAAAUCGUAUCCUCGUACAGAAUCGUUUCGAGAGCAGGACGAACGAUAGGGAGGCGUUGGCUGUUUGCGUCAAACCUUUGCAUUAUUAUUACAAUAGGGUUUUGCAAUUGGUGGAAUUUAUCGAGUUGCACAGACUCCUGGGCGCUACCCAUGUCACUUUGUAUAACGAUACUGUAGGCGCAGCGGCCGGCUGUGCGCUAAAAUAUUACGAAAACAAGGAUCUGGUUACGGUGCUACCGUGGCAUCAUCUCGACAUGAUUUCCCAGCGGGAAAUUCGCACGGAAGGUCUCUUCGCGGCGCUUAACGAUUGCCUCUACCGAUCUAUGUACAAGUACGAGUAUGUGGCGCUCGUGGAUCUGGACGAGUACAUUAUACCGAGGCAUAACGACACCAUAAUCGAUCUGUUACGGUGGAUGGGAAAUCGAAUCAACAUCAAGUCUACGGGCGCGUUUUCCUUUCAAAACGCUUUUUUUUACCUACAAUGGGCCGAUGAUCCAUUCGUGGCGACUAGCCGUACUCCCACUGAAGCCGGUUUGAUCACCCUGAAGAAAACACGGCGUAGGACCAAGUUGCAUCCCCACAAGCAACGUUCCAAGUACAUCUGUAAACCACAGGACGUGGUGGAGGCGGGCAAUCACUUUGUCUGGGAAUUUAUUCCAGGCCAUGGAACACUGAACGUGCCCUCCGAUGCCGCGAUCUUGCAUCAUUAUCGUGUUUGCGAGUUUGGCGGCGACGACUGCGUUAAAACGCAGUCGACGGUCGAUAGAACGGCCUAUAAGUACAGGGACCGGCUCGCCACGAAUAUCGACAAGACGUGGAUGGAAUUGCGCGCCGAGUGCUCACUUCCGGAGCUCGAUCCGGUCCCGGCAUUGACACCGCGAAUCAAAGCCAGCCCGCUCAGCAAGUCGGUCAGGUAGCGAAAGACCAUCGUCGAAAUCUUAUGGGACAUUGGCAAUUUUACCGGUACGCCGAAAGUCGCGAGGACCUAUUUCUACAACUACGGCGGUCCUUAGUUUUCUCAAAUUGAACUAAGCGAACUCCCGUCUUUUUUCACCAAACUCUCACUGGACCGUGUUUUUAAAUUUGCGAAACAAGAGAAUACGCUUACCAACGAGAUAAUAGAGAUUGAACGAGAAAAAAAAGAAAAGAAAACGAGACGCGAAUUAAUCAUAUUUUUCUACGUGACGGAUCCUUGAAUGGUUAGCGAAAUCUGGAGACAACCUGCCAAGUCUAUCGAGUUUGACGCUAUAUGGUGGUGCUUCUCUCUUACGAUUUUAUAUGGACUCUUCUAUCUGUAUCUUACAAUCCUUUCGUUCGUGCAGCAAACGUGAUCGUCUGCGACAAAUUGUAUUACCGUUAAGAAAGAUUGUUAUGGAAGGCCUAAAUCGCGGGCUAAAAGAAAGCAGUUGGUGAUAAAUGAGCAACAUUAGAUAUUAUUAUUCCUACUGUACCGUUAUUUCGAGGGUAAACCUUUUUUUUAGAUACUUGUAAAUCACACAAUGUAUCUUAUGCAUAUCCAUAGAAUCAAUAAUUAGCAUAGCGAUAUAUGUAUAAUAUGUAUUUAGGACUGUUAGAAAUUAAAUCUGCAGAGACAGCCUAGAAUUACAGUAUGCUCCCGAGAAAAAUUACCUCAGAUACAGUCUGUUGAAAAUUCUAAAAUCUAACGCUGAAAAAAAAACACAAAUAUGUUUAAACAAAAAGAUCAGCCAGUGUAAUAUCUUUUUCUCAAAAUCUUCUGCAAGAUUUGAUAAAUUUAAUUUGGAGUUUAAGUGAAUUAGUGUUUGUUUUUACUCGUAUAUACCAUAUCUUUUUAUACAUAUAUACGCAAAAGUAUAAAAAGUAAAUGGCUUUGUGAUACUAUAAAUUAUUGUACAAUUCGUCCGCGUUUGCAAUCGUCUCUAGUCGAAAAAAAAAACAUAACAAAUGCCACAUAAUGUGAUAUACAUUUUUUUUAUAUAGAUAAAUAACGUUUUUUAAAAACAUGACAUGUUGCUUUUGCCGCACAAAAUUCCAUGAUUAUUUUCUAAUCUGUUGAUCGUUUUGUUAACAAUUAUUUCAAUAAUAAACAUCGAAAAAAUUGAUAUAUAUAUAUAUAUAUAUAUAUAUAUAUAUAUAUAUAUAUAUACAAGCAAAUAGAUCGAUGAUGAGAGUAAGAGAAACUGCACCAGGGAAUUUCAUAGAAAGAUAAAACGCAAUUGUAUCAAACUGAUACAAUUUACGAGUUGAUGAAAAGGAGAUUUCUGACAAUUGAAUUGAUACUUUGUAAUAUACUGAAUACUGUUGCGGCAGAUGUGUGAGAAUAUAGCAGUCUUUCUAUUUAUUUAAUGCAAAAAGAAAUCAUGUUUCUUACACGCACACAAGUUUAUGUAUAUAUGUGUAUACACGCCUGUGUACGUUACAUGACACGUACAUACAUGACAUGUAAAAUAGAUUUAAGGUACAUAUGUGUGAUCGGUGCUGAGCUACAGUCGACGAUGUGUCGAUAUUGAUUAUAUUGACAAAAUUAAUAAAUAUGAUACUAGGAC